AUGGCCAAAAUCCCCGUCUACUCCCUCAAUGACCUUAAAAGCACCACAGAUGAUGCUGUCACCCCGUACCUAACUUCUCUCCCGAAGCCAUGCAAUUUCGUCGCAAUCAAUACCAAAUCCAACGUACGAUUGAUUUUGGGUUAUGCCGCCGUGAGCAUAGCUGCCGUGUCCUUUUAUGUUGAUUAUACAAAAGGCUGGGAGGCCACAAAACCGUGGAUCCUUCCUGCUGUGAUUGCCUAUUUCGCGCUAAACCUUGGGUUGACGAUUUGGAUUUGGGGCGUUGAAGCCGGCCAGGUAUUUGAAGGAAUGAAUAAUGAAGGCAUGAAGUUAUGGCUUUGUUCUUCAACCAAAAAGCAAUCUGCCUUGUAUAAACUUCGCAUCCUUCGCGUUUCAUCUUCAGGCAAAGUUGUAAAAGAGAAGACAGCUGUAGCACCAUUUACGCGCUGGUUCUCUGCAGAUGGGGUAUUUCAUUGUGGAGCAUUUAGACAGUGGCUUGCAAGUGAGAUUGGUAUCCCUGCGCCAACUACUAGCGAGCAGUGA